ACUGGUCGUUAAACCCCGGAAGUCAUAAGCCUCUCCUCGGCAGAAACGCUCAGACAAACAAAAUGGUAAUUAUUAGAAUAAAUACGAGUUUUUGAAACUGGAGACAGGCAAAAGCAUGAACUAUUGCAAGUGUAAUUUUUUUGCUUCCUAAGUGCUGAAUGAUUUCUUGGGCUAAAAUGGAUAUUAGGGCAGAGGAGGGUUCGUACACGAAUAAUCUCAUUGGGACUUUGCUUGCUUUAUUUGGAAACGUACUUGUCAGCAUCUCCCUAAAUAUUCAGAAAUAUGGUCACGUCAGCAUUGUGGGAGCGAAGGACCCACGCAUUUUCUACUACACAAAAACCUGGUGGUUUGGCUUUUUGCUCACCACUUUGGGUGAAGCAGCCAACUUUGUGUCAUACUCCUUUGCCCCCCUCAGCCUCGUAGCACCCCUCAAUGUCGUCUCCAUCAUAACAAGCUUCAUUUUAGGUUUCAUUUUCAUGCAUGAGAAAUCAAAGCCCAAGGAAUUUGCAAAGCGCCACGGGCUGGCUUUCCUGGGUUCCGUCCUGGGUGUCGGAGGAACAUAUCUCUUUGUAGCUUUCGGACCAAACUCGCACGAAAAACUCACAGCGGAAGUCGUAGUGAAACAUCUCGUCGGAUGGCCCGUUCUCGUAUACUUGAUGCUGGAGAUCAUCACGUUCUGCCUGCUUUUAUAUUUCUACAAACAGAGAAAUGCAAACUACCUCGUCGUCAUCCUGCUCCUUGUUGCUUUGCUGAGUUCGGUCACGGUCAUCUCAGUGAAGGCCGUGUCACAUAUGUUGAUAUUGACUCUCGAGGGCUCCAUGCAACUUGACUACCCCAUUUUCAGUGUCAUGUUUGUGUGCAUGGUGUCUUCAGUCAUAUUCCAAGCCAGUUUUCUCUCCCAAGCCUGUAAGCUGUACGACUCGUCUCUGAUCGCUAGUGUCAACUACAUCCUGUCCACCACCUUUGCAGUCUUGGCAGGAGCUGUGUUUUACUUGGAGUUUAAUCAAGAAGACAUCCUUCACAUAAGCAUGUUCUUAUUGGGAACUGCGGCAUGCUUCCUGAGUGUCUUCCUCAUCACCAGAACCAGGAAAAAGAACAAUAAUUUUGAACCUUACGUCACCCUGAACAUGAGUAACGGUGUUCCAACCAUUUUCAGCAAGCGUCCCGAUACCCCAGCUGACUUCACCGGUAGUUUCUCUUAUGGCGCAUUGGUCAACAGCGACAGCAACAUUUCCGCUAAUCAACCUGUCAACAUGGAGCAACCCACCACCAGCUUCAGACCCAUACGAUCAUCUAAUGGGACUUCCAAUAUGAAGCAAGACUAGCGAUAAGCAUUUAUAUCUGUAUUAUUGUCAGUUUUUUGUCACUAGUCUGCCUACUUCGCUUUAAGCAGGGGUGCUCACUAUAUUUUUUCCACAACUGACUUAUGUUGUAGAGCCACAUAUGUUGCACAUGCUGCAAUCUACCUAGCAUUGCGAUCGACUGGUACAUCACGAUUGACGAAAUGAGCACCUCUGCCUUGGAGAAAGCUUGACAGGUUUAAGGUACAAUCGUGUUCAGGACCAGCAAAUCAACUUUUACAGGUGUUGGAUUUUCAACAGGCACGUGUAGAAAUGUAACAUGUGCCUUAAAGCUUACCAUUUUUGUAAUAUAACAGCUGACUGUACUGUUAUUGGUGUAUUUGUAUUUCCUAAUGCCUUGCUUUCAUAUCAGGAACUCCUGUAAAUCUGCCUUUUAAACAUGUAGCCUUCACUUAUGCCUCAUAUUUUGGGGGUUGUAUUACUACCUUUUAUUUUAAUGAAUGGGGCCAAUGCAAAUACUUUAAUUUAUUGUAUUUAUUGAUUUAUCAAGCCUUAAAGAGGAGUAGCUGUACACUGGAUUUAAAAAAAACCUCAAAAUGUCUACACGAUUCAGUGUCUUAGCAUUAUAGUUGACUUUUUUUUUUUUUUUUUUGGACUGCUUUGCAUUAGUGUUGAAUUUCUUAGAAUUAGAAAUGAGGCAAAAUUCUUUUGCCUCAAAAGAUUAGACAAGCUCUGAAUGAUGUGGUUUUGUUUGACCUAAUAACUUGUGUAGAAUAAAUGCAGUAUGCUUACUCAUGGACUGUUA